GUAGCACUAAAAUCAAACGAAAUCCCACUGUCAAGCUAGACACAUAUCGUAAACAUUUGAUCCCUCAAAAUUACAAUAGAAAUUCCAAGUGCCCGAAAUGGAGACAAACCGUAAAGACCACUCGAAGCAAACAAUGGGCAGCUCCUUCUGGGAUGACCUGUGGCCGCAGCUGUUGGAGGAGAAUAAGUGCCACAUUGAGAGCAAGCCAGCUGCCUUUUAUGUGCCCCGCCAACCCUUCAAUUUGCUGCACUUCCACUCCUACCUGGCGCAGGCGGGAUAUCCGAACUACGUGAUGCCCCACGAGAUGCGCUGCUGUGGGGCCGCCAAGCGACAGGAAGCCGCCGAGGAGGAGGCAGAGCUGGCGACAAAUGCAGAGACCAAGGCAAGGCAGGAUGCUGCCAGUGAAGAUUUCGAGCAACGCGGCUCGGAGGCCAUCCGGAGCGUCGACAAGAACGUGGACCAUCUGCGGACCGAGCAGGAGCGCCGCCAAAAGCUGGCCUACGAGUUCGCCAACCGCAAGUAUCCCUGGACCAUGCAGACGCCCAAGCACGAGCUGAGCCUCGGGGCGACUUCCGAGCAGCGGAGCUGUUUCGUGCUGCCCAUGGAGAAGAAAAUGCUCGAGGACCUGCUCGACCACGAGUGCAAGCUGAUGAUCAUCGAUGUGGGCAAGGAUGUGCAGUUGAAAGAUUGCCAGCGCUGGAUAAAGUUCCGGCCGUUCAUUCAAAUGCUGGCGCUGGUGCGAACCAUUGAGAUGGAGCGUCGUCUCCAGUUGCUGGGUGUGUUCCACACCCUGCUGGUGGAGGAGAACGUCGAGAACAGCUGGCACGAUGAGCUGGAGGCCUCGCUGCGCAGCGGACUGAAGCAGGCCAAGAGGCUGCAAAUCCUCAAGGCCUGUGGUGAGCCCUUCCUGUUCGUGUUUUCGCGGUAUCGUGGAAUCUGCACCUGCGAUACGUACGGUGUGCUCCGUCGACUCUAGAGGCCACACACAAACGCUCUCGUCGAGUGGAUUCGUGGCUGCCUAAUUUAAAUCGACUCUGAUUUGAAGUGCCGCCUGCCGCCCGACUUCCUGGCAGCGUUCGCUCCAAUUAGGCGAGUGGCGGCCCACAUCAAGUGCAGUCGGACGCACUUCCAGCCCCAGCCACAGCCAGUGCCCGGAAGCACUGCACACCUCAAUGUUGCCGGGGAAUGUGCCAGCCAGCCGUCGAGUGGGUGUCAAAAUGCCUCCGUCAAACUGCCAAAGUUGAGGCGCAGCCGGGACCCGCCAUUUAUAAUUUUAUUUGCCGCGAACAUUUUGCGCCAAAUCUCAACAAAUUAUUACAAAGCUUUGCAAACUUGGAACUGAUUAUAAAAGUUGCGAACAACAAGAAGGUAAACUGGAGAAACCCUGCCAGUGAAAAUUGAGUUUUAAGAGUGUUUUGGGAUGUCAGAUCGAAGGCACUUUUCCUCCUCCUGGUUUUACUUUUUUUUUGUUUCGCUGUCAAAAGUUUCCUGGCUGGCGGCUGCCGAAUGCGUUGCCGCUACUUACAGCAGUACUCCUACACGAGCAUCAUUUUCAAUAGACAUUCGCAUAAACCGCCUUGCAUUAUGUUAUUAAAAGUUGCCCCAGCCAUGCCUGAAAGGGCCCAAAGUUUUCUUCUAAAAAUUGUCUGAAAAAUAGAGAGGGACAAGCGAAGGGGAGUGCUUCAAAAAAUAAAUCCUACUGGCCCACAGUCACAUACACUAUACUACACAUUUAAUAAGUUAU